CAUCAUCUAAACUCCCGUAGUUCACAACAAUGGCCUCACGCCGCUCCUCAUCCAGAGUUAAAGCUCUGGCCGAGAAGAAAGCGACGGCUGGACCAACGAACACGAACGCCGUCAGUUCUCGUCGCACCGCGCGCUCGAAGAACAAAGGCGCAACUGCCUCCGGAGCAUCAGCGACGAAGCCGAAAGGACGGUCGAACAAGAAGCGGAAGAUUACUGAGACGUCUGGCACAGAGGAGGAGCCCGACGCUCCCGAAGCGCUAGAGGCUCAACCUACGACAUUGGGAAUCAAAGACAUGCCGCCAGAGAUCUUCGACGAAAUCCUCAUGCAGUGCCGCCCCGACGUCCUGCUCAGCAUCUCUCGUGCAAACAAGUACCUGCACAACACACUCUUCAGUCGCGACUCGGAGCGGAUCUGGCAGCAGUCUUUUGAAAAUUACCAGGAUGUCAUCCCCGCUUGGUGCCCUGCGGUUCGUGACUCAAUCACCGUGAUCGAGUAUGCAACAAUCCUUUUUGGAAGGACAUGCUCUAUCUGCAAGUCUUUCAAGGGCAAGCACCUUCUCGCCGCCUUCGUCACUCGGGUGUGCUCCGAAUGCCUCAAGAGAGAUUAUAUCUCUAUUGAACCCUAUCCGGGCGAACGGUCCUACAAUGACCGCCAAGCCUCAUAUGGUGUUCAUACCGACAUCGCAAAGAUGCCCGGCUCCGAGAAUGUCUCCGUCAUUGCGGAACGUGCACUGCACGCUAAAAUUAUACCCAUUCUUCAAGGUAUGCCUCCGGAGAUGGUUGCAGAGUAUCAGGAGGGGCUUCGCCGGACCAACACUGUGAAGACGCAGUUCCGCCUAGAAGUGGAGGAAUUCUUUGCCAAUGAGAGGCGACAGAAAGCGGCAGAGACUAGGCGUCUAUCGAAAGAGAUGCACGACGGGCGACGAGCGUUCAUCUACGACAGGCUCAAAGCCGCAGGGCUUGGCGAUCAGCUGGCAUCCCUAGAGAAAUUGCAGCCAAAGUUUCUGAAUACUUUCGUCAAUCGGCCCACGCCCAUCACACCUGAAGUCUGGAAAGAGAUGGAGCCCGAAGUCGUGCAACACAUCGCAGACUUGAUUGCGGAGCACGAAAAGGAGACCGCCGUCCGCGUCUUCGGCGAGCGCGUCAAGGAGCUCACGACCAAGAUGGGCUCCGGCGUCCUGGAUGGGAUCUUCCCCAAACUGCACUGGUCCGAGCUUGCCGUCGAGGAGCCGAUCCGCGGCAUCCUACUCGAGGGCGUGCAAUACGCGCAUCCUAGUCGGUUUCCGGAUGUUGACGAUAAAGAGUUCGUCGCCCUCGCCAAGCGGUGCUCCGAGCGCAAGAUGGAGUACCUGCGAGGGCUGCUUCCGCUUUCGAACGACGACACCAAUACUACGCCGGAAGCCAACGCCACGAGCGAGACCAAGCGUGACACCGACGCUGCCCUCCACCUCGCCACCACCUACUUCAAGUGCACCCUCUGCGACUCCGAGCCCAUGCCUUUCGCUCGCGUCGUCGGACAUCACUGCCAGCGCGUUGUGAAGAGCAGCAAGAAGGACGAUAAGGACGACAAGAAGGAUAUAUCCUUCGGCGCCCUUAUGCGCAGCAAGCGCUCGCACGAGCCCUUCUACAAGACCGACACCGUGAUCUUGGACGCGCAGGCGGGCGCGCAUGCCGAGCUCCUGAUCAAGGCGUGUGACAAGGACCCCAAGAAGACCUCGUUCGCUGAGAUGGAGGCCCACCAUGCGCGCUUCGAGUGCAGGCUGCCUGUGUGCCACUCGAGGACGGACGGGACGCGUACGGCGCGGCGGUGGCGCAAUGCGCUCAUUCACUCCUACAACGUGCACCCCGAAAAUGCGAAGACCGGGCUACAAACAACUCCCAGGUGGACAGUGAUCGACGACGCCGAUACAAUGAAGCGAAUCGGUCGCGUCGAAAUUGAGUACCAGAGCCAUAAGGGCUGCAGGGAUGGCUGCACGACGAAGCUGGUCAGCGACAGCGACAUGCCGUUCCAUAUGGCGCUUGUCCACGGGACUUCACCUUACCUGCUGGACAGAACGAUGGAUACGCACCCGACUUACGUGCGCUUCGUCUGAAUAUGGUGUUUGUAUGUAUGUCGCAGCGUUGCCUCUUCCCCGUGUCAGUCCUUAAACUCGCGAUAAAAUGAAAUUAUGGCAUGCCCUUUUUGAUGAUAUACACGAU